GUGGUUUGAUAGUCACUAUAUGUUGAUCAAAAUUAACGAAUAAAGUAAUACCGAUAUACCUCUCGAAUUAUCUACGACUUCGGUGAAUCACUCGUUUACGAUUCUUGGAGGACUAUAAAUAGGGACGGCCUCAAUCGAUUCCCAUUUAUACCUCUUUAGAAGUCUGUAGUUAAUACUCUUACUAGAACAGAAUAUUGUAAAAUGCAGCUAAAAGUUUGCGUUUGUUAUGUUUUGAUAGUGUUAUCAAUAUUUGCUUUCAAAAUAAAUUGCUAUGAAGAAAAAAAUGGAACUAUGCGGGUGGACUUAUACAGAAAACCCUCAGCUAGACAUCAGUAUUUGAUGCACGCUCCGACCCUCAAGGAAUACGGAACAAAUUACGAUAAAUGGCUUGGUGAUCGUUAUAACUAUAGAAUGAAUAGAACGAAUGACUCCAUCGCACUCUACAGGUACCUGGAUAAUGAGUUUUAUGGAGUGAUUGUAGGGGGUUCACCAGGACAAACGUUCAAUGUGGCUUUCGACACUGCGUGGUCCGUAUCCUGGGUUAUGUCUAAACAAUGCACAAAAGUACCAACUCCUGGUUGUGAGAACCACAAUUUAUAUGACCAUGGUCGAUCUUCAAGUUGGAAGAAAAAUGGCACACCUUAUAUUGCGAAUGAAGGUGAUUUCAACUUCACGGGAUUUUAUUCAUAUGACAUCUUCAAAAUUGCCCAUUCAAAUAUAACAAACUACCUGUUCGUGGAAAUGGUUGGAGUUCCAGACUUCAUGUCCUUACACAAAUCGGACGGAAUUUUUGGUUUAGGCAUCAAAAAUGAUGAUUAUGAACCUUUCUUCUAUGCCAUGUACAGACAGAAAAAAAUCAGGGAUCCCAUAUUCUCCAUAUAUUUGAACAGGUGGUUUUUCCCCGACAAAAGGGGGGCAUGGACUUUUGAGAAUCGAGUGUCUACCAGAAUAGUACUUGAUGGAGCCUGCAAAUCCAUCAGAAUUUCAGAUCCCAUUCUUUGCAUCGUUCGUGAUUACGAGAGAGCAGGAUCUGUCUUCAAGGCAGCUGCCCGAGUGGUUGAUGAACGCGGUUUAGUUUUCAUCACUGAACGGGGUGAUUUCAACUCCAUCAUAUAUUUGGCACCCUUUCACCAAAAAACCCACACGAAAGCCGCAGACAUAACUCUGCUUCUACGGCAAUACAAGGAAAAGCUGAUACAUGGGGCCUUUUUAUCAACUUUGAAGCUGUUUAUCAGAGCACCCGACCUCAGGGCUAAAAGAGUAAAAUUGGAAAAUAAAAUUUUCUGUUUCAGAAUUGUAGUUGUUCCCGAUCAUCCACCUCAUAACGAAAACGUUACCUUAUGUCCAAAUGGAUGUUCUGCUAUAUCUAACACGGGGUCGAAUGAAAUCGUUGGACCUCCAGCCGAUAUUGAUCAGAUACAUGAUCUCAUAGAUGCUCAACUUCACAAUGGGAGCUGGGUGGUGAAUUGCGACACAGUUAAUAAAUUACCGAAGAUUGAUUUUGUUUUGGGAGGCCAGUACUUUCGGCUCGGAGGGCCGAACUAUAUAAUAAAGAUAAAUUCAGGACCUUAUACGAUGUGCGUUUCGGCGUUCAGUUCGUACCAAACCGAUAAAGAUAUGUGGAUUCUAGGAGGAGCAUUUUUGUCACAGUACUACAGCAUUUACAAUAUCGAAGACAAAACCAUCGGUUUCGUUAGAGUCCCUUAAGAUUAGGACAGUAAUAAGGUUCAUGAAUUUUAUAUCUGAAUUUACUUAAGUACUUAUUAUAAUAUUUCCUCAAUUAAAAUUAUGAAACAAA